AAUCUAUGCUGCAGUAAUCCUUGCCGGAACAACGCCAAAUGUCUCCUUGGGUUUACUGACAAGAAGUAUCUUUGUGUAUGUACAUCGGGAUACACAGGAGAACACUGUGAAACAGGUAUAGUGGAAAAACAGAUAGUGACAGGUCAUAUUGCUGGUAACAAUAUGCAAUGAAUAACAAAGCCUUAGAACACCCCAAUGAAGGGGAAUCAAAACAGGCUAAUCAGUUUGUAGGGUGGGAAUUUUAACAUUUAACUUCACCUGUCUUCUAGUAAAUAAAAUAACGACAGCAAUGAUUUCCAAUAAAAUGCAAAUUGCACGAAGGCGCAGGUCAAACAAUAACAACUAGCUUCCAAGGUUAACUGGAAAAGCUUGAUGUGCCCAAGUAUAAAUUACCUUUUGUGUCCUUUUGAUUUGAUAAACUUAACGGCCUCAAGCAGCGGAGUCCAUGAUUGCCACCAAACUGUAAUUUGUACAUAAACCCUUCCGGUAUUAUAUACGGGUCGCAUAAUGCAAUGGUUCACAGAAAACGACCAAUUUUGCAGUCAACAACACGUUUACUUUGAUGUAAAAAGUAUCAGAUUAACUUUUUUGCUUUUCAUAUUAGAGUGGUUUUCGUUUGAGUGUCGUAAAACCAAAACCAAAGUAAUUACUCUGACCAAUCACAUAGGACACAGAAAAUACAUUGAACCAAUCAAAACUCGAAGUAAUUACAUGUGGCUGACGCAAAGCGCGGGAAAAUGCAUGCGAGCGCGUCACAAUUGGCUUUGGUUUUACUUCUGAUUGGAUGAAAAGGUGGCGCGAAUCUUUUAAACCAAUCGCAUCGUGUAGAAAGUGCAAAACCAAUUACUUUUCGACACUCAAAUGAAAACCGCUCUAUUUAGAUAUCGAUGAAUGCAGCAUCGGAAGCCAUGAUUGCCAUCAAAAUGCAAAAUGUAUAAAUACCGCUGGACAUUUUAAUUGCAGCUGUCAAACAGGAUUCAUAGGAAAUGGUCGUCCGUGUCAGGGUAAAAAAUACCUUUUAUUCCAUAAUCUGCUCGUUUGCCUCCAUCUUGAAACUACUGGAUUUACUUUUUCCUUGUUUUCCUUCUGUUACUCACCGAUCAGAUAUCGAUGAAUGCAGCAUCCGAAGCCAUGAUUGCCAUCAAAAUGCAACUUGCGUUAAUACCGCUGGACACUAUGAUUGCAUCUGUAAACUGGGUCUCACUGGAAACGGGAGAAAUUGUUCAGGUGAAGCUAUAAUUUUUUUUCAUAGCAUUUCAGUAGCAAACUUUGUAAACCAUUAUUUACUCUAAACGGCCACUGAUCUGCGCAAUGGAAGAAAAAGGAAAAAUUCAUUUUCUUUUGUUUUUUUGCUCCCUGUGUCAUUCAAAUAUCGAUGAAUGCAUCAACGGCAGCCAUGAUUGCCAUCAGCAUGCAAUUUGUGUAAAUACCGCUGGACACUUUAAUUGCAGUUGUCAGACAGGAUUCACCGGAAAUGGCCGCCAGUGUCAGGGUAACAAUAGCCCACGUUCGAUAUAUUAAAAUUCUUACAUGACUCCGAGGCUUUCUGGUCAUUUUUCUACAUUAGGUUUGGUUUUCUUUGUGCUUAAGGCCCGCCCUGUUUAUAAGGAGGGAGGGUAACCCUGGUGCUAGGGUUUCCCUAGCAAGAGGGUUACCCUAGCACUCGCAUAUUUCUUCUUUUUUCACACGACGUGUUUACAAGGUAGGUACGGUUACCCUAGCACUAGGGUAACCCUACCUGAGUGCUAGGGCUACCCUGGCAAGAGGGUUACCCUUGCACUCGCAUAUUUCUUCUUUUUUCACACGACGUGUUUACAAGGCAGGUAGGGUUACCCUAGCGCUAGGGUAACCCGUCCUGAGUGCUAGGGUUACCCUGGCAAGAGGGUUACCCUACCUGCCUUGUAAACGCUCAGCUAGGGAUAACUCGCCUACCCGGGUAGUUCCGCCGUCAUGCAUGACCAGUAAUCGUACCAAUUUGAACGGUAUUAUCCAAUUUCUGAGCUUAAUUAUAAACAUCUGAAUAAUAACUAGUUAUUUUCUGUCUACGAUGAUAAUAUUUUCCCUUUCUUCGUGAAUUUAACGUGUUUUCCAUAGAGAACUUCAACAUUAUUUCAAAUUUUCUACCGUUACAAAGAAUGCACGCAUGACGUAACACGUCAGCAAAGCAUGUAAAGUUGACCCGGGUGAUAGGGUCACCGGUACCCUACCUGUGAAAUUUGCUUGUAAACCAACCUCGUUCCCAGGGCGCUUCUCCCUGGCAUUGGAGGCCGCCAGACCUCCAAAGGCAGGGAAAAGCGCCCUGGGGACGAGGUUGCUUGUAAACCAGAGCUAACUUUAACCCGCUUGCUAGGGUAGCCCUAGCACAAGGGUAACCCUCUCUCCUUGUAAACAGGCCUUAAGUCCCUUAUGGGAAUUGCGAGACAAUGAAGUCGUGAAAUAUUUGCAAUUUUGACUCUAAAGCCUCGGAGUCGUGUCAGAAUUUUAAUAUAUCGAACAUGGGCUGAUGAAAUCUUUGAGUUGUUAUUUUUAGUAUCGACGAACCUACUCGUAUUGCUUAAACCUCAAGGUCGUUUCUGGAUGUAUGCAUCACUUCCUCUACAUUCUGAUGUGAUACGGUUGGGUUUUUGUGAUCACGAUCUAGUUUACUUGGUUCAAAAAUCCAACACAAUGAAAUAAAUUGGAAUUAGAAACUUCAGAAAAAUUCAGGAUUUAAGAUAUAAAAAAACGUGCGAACUUCUAAAUCUUAAAAAUGACGUUGAUGCAAUGUGGAUCUGUUGGAAAAUAAUGUUUCUAGAAGUUUUGGAUAGAAACGCCCUAAUUCGAAAACAGCCGGUCAGGAACAAACUAUCCAGUCUCCCCUAAGUAAAUAGUAAAAUUACGCAACAAAUGAGGGAGCGAGAUCGUCUAGCUACGAUAAACGAUAAAGAGAACCGAGGAUGACAAUUGGUCUCUAUAUUUCCGCUAGAAAUGCUGUAAACAUUGCUCUAUGACAAGCAAAAUGAAAUUCGUAUAAACAUAACAACUUUCUUUAAUUUUCCAGACGGUACAUCCGUCAUCUGCCGUGUUAUAUAUUUUGAAAUCGCCGUUGAAUUUAAAGCGCGCGCGAUCUUACAAAGUUCGUUACAUUGCGUUGUCAAUAUUACGUACUAAAACAACAACAACAAAAAAAUUAAAUGAGUAACGCUUAGUUCUUUACAGGGAGAGAGUCAGGUUAAUGUUGUGAGCAGUUUGCUUUUAAUUCUGCUGCUCAGACGAGCAAGGAGAAUGCGCUCCCUUAUUACCUACCUUGGUUUCGAAUACCAAGUUAGUGAAGAUGUUUUAGUGACAGGUUCAUUGAUUACCCAUCGAAAACGUACUCUUAGAGAAAGAGCGGCAUUGCGAAGGCAAGCGUGGGUUUAACCUCGACCCCAAGAAUGGUUUGAAGAAAUGCACAGAAACAGAAACCUUGAAGCACUGUGGACACUGUGGAAAACGCAAUUACCGAUGUUCUAAAGCUAUUCUGUUAUGUGACCCUUUUUGAAACUACUUUCCUCAAAAAUCAUGACAAACUGUCAACAAAACAAACAAAGUUUAGAUAGACUAGAGAUAUACCCACCUAUUUUUUUUUGGUAACCAGAUGGUUAUCGGUGAUGGGUCAUCUUUGUUCUUUCCGCGGUAGUCAUGGAAAUUAACCACGGUAGAGUUUACCAUAGUAAACUGAAAAAGGCCGGUCACACUUACGGCGCUGUUUACUAUGGUAAACUUGAGUUUACUAUAGUAAACGUUCUCUAAUGUGACCUCAACCAAUGGCUACAUAAAGUUUAUCCCCACUCUCUUAUCUUAUCUUAUCUUAUCUUAUCAAAUAAAAUACAAAUACCUUUAACUCAUAAGGUGGACGUUUAUCUUAAAACCAUCAGAUUUACAUUUUCUUGCUCUUUUCCCUAUAUCCGACCCUAUGCUACUUAGAUACCGAUGAAUGCAACAACGGCAGCCACGAUUGCCACCAAAAUGCAACUUGUGUAAAUACUGCUGGACACUUUAAUUGCAAGUGUAAACCGGGUUUCACUGGAAACGGGCGAAAUUGUUCAGGUAAAGUUUUCUUUUUUACAUUUGUGCGAUGACUCAAGGAGCGUCCCCCGCUUCCACUUCCCGAGAAAGCUUGCUGACAGGGGAACGCGAAACGUUUUUCCAGUUGGAGGAACUAGUAGUAGACUAUGUUGAAACUUAACCUCAUUUUGGAUUUCCCUUGGAUUUCCCGCAUACUAAUUUGGAUUUCCCCCAUACCAAUUAAGUGCGUUCCUCCAUAUAUGAUGAAGUGGAUAGGUUUAAAUAAGCGUCACUCUACUACAAUAGGAAAAAAUAGGCUUGCCUAGACUUGCCCGGGCUCUUUUAACCCCGAUUGGAUAGUAAACAAUCUAUUAUGUGUUUGAAAUAAAAGCGGGCUCUCCGUUCAGCAUAUUACUCUUGCAAUCGGUUUGCUAAGGAAAAAAGUCUGACUACCACCAAUAUUUUUUAAAACAUCGCUUCAAACAUGCAAGUCGAAUCGAGCGCUUCACCUCUGCUGACCAAAGAUAAAGCCAGUUCCUUACCCGGUCAGUUCUGCCCGUUUCAUCCCCGCUCAACGUUGGAAUUGGUAGAAAUAGCGCAAGGAUUUUGCUAUGUGCACUGCCCCGAGAAAAUGAGUUUUAUAUUUGCCCCUGCCUCAGAAUGGAAAGAGGACAAAGAGUGGAUCGCGCAUCAUACAUACUCUGGUGUGAAAAAAUAUGCAGCUUAGUUGGUUUGUGAUUCUUCUAACAAGUUAGCAUUGAGAAAAAGUAAACAGCCUUGGAGCCAGGAUCGAAUGUUUCUGACAUGCUACAAAAAAGAGUGUGGAUUUUUCCUGUGGAUAGACCAGCCAAUAUCGCAUGGUAUCAAGGAUCGGCUCUCGUAUUCACCUCAGCCACGGGUCACAAGACUCCAACCUUAUGGGGAGAUAAAGGAGAUGUUUGAAAAACAUCGCCAAGAGGCUAAACAGAAAGCAUUUAUCCAACACCAGCGUCAUACACGCAAAUGUGACGAAGGCUUUGAAAUGUGUGACAACGGUUUUAACAGUCUAGGAAGUCCCAACAUCUUUCAUGGGCUUAGAUACAGAGAAUGGAUGCAUGAAGUAUGGGAAUCGUACAAGUUUUAUGUCCAAAAAAUGAAAGAAGACUCUCGAGACAACCCAGAUGCUACACUUUGUUUAGAGAAAGAUGAUGUACUGCGUCAGGCGUACUACAAGUACGCGAGAGAGGACGGGCAUCACCCCGAAAGUUACCGGGUGUUGAAGGUUUUGUAUGAAAGACACAUUGAAGGCAAACACGUACCUUUUCAACGUUAUGUUAUCACCCCUGAAGAACGUGAAGAGAUUGAAAACGAUAAACAGUUACCUUCUUAUUCUAGAGCGUUUGCACAAGGUGCACGCAGAUCAAAAUGUAUUGCUAUGCUUAACAUUAUAAGGAACCCUAGGUCUUCCUGUUUGUUCUAAAUAAAAAUGUUACAUCGCUGCCUGUGUGGAAAUAGAGCUGUCUUGAGAUCCUUUGAAAGAUUUUUAAAGUUUUUGUGUGAAAUAAAGUUUUAUUCAUCUUUACACCGCGUUAGUCACUAAUUAUGUUUAACAAAUGUUUGACUGGAGCUCUAAAAUUUGCAUGUGAACUAGCUCGUGUGCCUUUUGUUUGACAAACAAUAAGUCAUACACAACACCUACUCUGAUUCGAGUAAUACAUUUUGAUCUGCGUGCAUCUUGUGCAAACGCUCUAGAAUAAGAAGGUAACUGUUUAUCGUUUUCAAUCUCUUCACGUUCUUCAGGGGUGAUAACAUAACGUUGAAAAGGUACGUGUUUGCCUUCAAUGUGUCUUUCAUACAAAACCUUCAACACCCGGUAACUUUCGGGGUGAUGCCCGUCCUCUCUCGCGUACUUGUAGUACGCCUGACGCAGUACAUCAUCUUUCUCUAAACAAAGUGUAGCAUCUGGGUUGUCUCGAGAGUCUUCUUUCAUUUUUUGGACAUAAAACUUGUACGAUUCCCAUACUUCAUGCAUCCAUUCUCUGUAUCUAAGCCCAUGAAAGAUGUUGGGACUUCCUAGACUGUUAAAACCGUUGUCACACAUUUCAAAGCCUUCGUCACAUUUGCGUGUAUGGCGCUGGUGUUGGAUAAAUGCUUUCUGUUUAGCCUCUUGGCGAUGUUUUUCAAACAUCUCCUUUAUCUCCCCAUAAGGUUGGAGUCUUGUGACCCGUGGCUGAGGUGAAUACGAGAGCCGAUCCUUGCUACCAUGCUAUAUUGGCUGGUCUAUCCACAGGAAAAAUCCACACUCUUUUUUGUAGCAUGUCAGAAACAUUCGAUCCUGGCUCCAAGGCUGUUUACUUUUUCUCAAUGCCAGCUUCUUAGAACAAUCACAGACCAACUGAGCUGUAUAUUUUUUCACAUAAGAGUGUGUAUGAUGCGCGAUCCACUCUAUGUCCUCUUUCCAUUCUGAAGCAGUUGCAAACAUAAAACACAUUUUCUCGGGGGCAGUACACAUAGCAAAUUCCUUGCGCUUUUUCUACCAAUUCAAACGUUGAGUGGGGAUAAAAUGGGCAGAACUGACCGGGUAAGGAACUGGCUUUAUCUUCGGUCAGCAGAGGUGAAGCGCUCGAUUCGACUUGCAUGUUUGAAGCGAUGUUUUAAAAAAUAUUGGUGGUAGUAAGACUUUUUUCCUUAGCAAACCGAUUGCAAGAGUAAUAUGCUGAACGGAGAGCCCGCUUUUGUUUUAAACACAUAAGAGACUGUUUACUAUCCAAUCGGGGUUAAAAGAGCCCGGGCAAGUCUAGGCAAGCCUAUUAUUCCUAUUGUAGUAGAGUGACGCUCAUUAGUAAACCUAUCGACUUCAUUAUAUAUGGAGGAAGGCACUUAUUUAGUAUGGAGGAAAUCCAAAUUAGUAUGCGGGAAAUCCAAGGGAAAUCCAAAAUGAGGUUAAGUUUCAACAUAGUCUACUACUUGUAUUUCAUCACGACGGCGCGCGGGAAGCAAUUUCUUUGACGGAUUGAAAAAGUACUGUGGGGUAGGGAAGUGAUGGAGUGAAAACCACCCAUAUCCUUUUAAAGCAGAAGUAUUAAAAAUAUUCUUUAUAAAGCUAUCUAGAUAGGUAAAUUUUUUAGUGAAAUAUUGAAAAAGGAAUGACCCGGAGGGAAGGGCCAUCUCUAUUGUUUUCAUGUGUUUCUCUGUGACUGAUUCAUCACUGCCAGUGUGACGUCACAUACUAACGGGCGAGUGCCAGUCGGGUCGCAUGUGCAAAUUUGCAAGGGACACCGUAGUCAUUCGAACCAGAGAGGACGGGGAAAAAAUAAAAAGCUAGGCAAAUAGACCAUAAGUGCGGGAGCUUUGUUGUUGCUUUUAUCUGCUUGUGUAAACCGUAUUGGUAUGUUGUGUCCGUAAUUGUGUAAUUCUAUUUUUAAAAUUUGUGUCGAGGCCGUGUUUACGGGACCAGCAAGUGCAUAAAAUUGGUAACGUCUAGAGUCUCCAGAAAAGGAGAUUCGAUUCAGAGGUCACACACGUUUAUAUUCCAUAUAUUCUUCGCUGAUUAAAUCGACCAUACUUCUAAUCAAUCCCUUCGAGUGUGGGCCUCUGUUUAUUUCUUAAUUCUCCAUCAAAUUCAGUACAGUUUGUUUGGUUGAUUUUCUACAACGAUCAGCCCUUUGAACCCGAAAUAAUGAUGCAAAAUAAAGGCUUGAUAUACGUGCUUAAGCUAAUUUUUUCAAACAGCGUCUAUGGCAGAGAAAAAUGGUUUUAAUAUAUUAAAUUCCCCGGGGGGGUACUCGCCUAUAAAAGUGACGGGAGUGCUCGUGGAAAAUUUUCGAGAACACCCCUUAAAGGUACCAGAAUCUUGUUUUAUGGGCGUGCCCCAAAUUCAUUUCCACUCCUAAGAGGUACCAAUUCAACAACAACAAAUUAUAUAACUGGCGCUGCAAAUUUCAAUAGUAAAAAAGAUAACUUUUGAACAGUUUUCUUCUCAAGGAUUUUUUGAAAAUAUUGUCAUAAAUCUUUAUCCUAAUCAGUCAUUUAAGGUUUUAGCACCCUACGCGGUACGAAUUCACAAAUUUAAACCCCUAAAAGCUACGACCAGCACCCCCGUCACUGUUAUAGGGGAGUACCCCACCCGGGGCAAACUCACUUCACCAAAAACUGAGGUGCACAAUGGUGCAGUGGUCAAGGAGUUGCUUGCAUGUGCAGAUGAACUAGGUUCGACUGCCGGCGAGGCUGUUUUCUGUUUCUUUAUUGUAAAAUAUUUUAUUCUGUGAGGGAAUUUUCAGGUGGUUUGUUGAGCCAGAUGUAGGAACGAUAUUUACCCAAAAUAUGCAGGUAUUCGAGAUGGUAUGCAAACAAUGAAAUCCAAGGCCAAGACUAAAACAAAUAGCUAUAUGCCUUUGCCAAAUUAUCAGGACUAACAUACCAGGUUGAAAUUUACCAAAAUUAUGCAUAAUUAUCAACUGAACAUACGAUCCUGCCAUGAUCCUUACUGCGAUUACGGUAGACAAAGUUUAACCCUUGCUAUGCAGAAUUUUAGUACUUGGACUAGUUUUCCACAAAUUAGCAUAGAUAUGGGGUGGGAAAUGGGAAAUAUUUUUGGGAUGUAUAUAUGUUAUUCACCAGCCUUGGUCGAUCCGUAUUGGGAGAAACUGCCCGAGGUCUUGAGUACCACCCUAGGCCGUAGGCCGAGGGAGGUACUCAGACCGAGGGCACAGUUUCUCCCAAUACGGAUCGACCAAGGCCGGUCAAUAACAUUUUUAUUUUUUUCCUACUGACAUUUAAAAGUUUCUGGAAAAUUUUACUUCGGCCUCCUACCUAUGUAUGUUGAAGUAGAACGCGUUCGUGUUGAUGAAGCGCGCGAUCGAUUGCAAACCAAAACAAAACACACAACGUGAUUUUUAGCUUGUAAUUUAUAUUAUCACAAUUCAGCUCUGAGCUCUUUCAGAAUAAAGAAAGGUUUUUGUGUCUUGGUAGACAAAUCAUAACCUGAGUGUCAAACAAAGACAAAAGAAUUGACGAACUUGAUGUUAAAAGCCACAGCAAAAAAAAAAAACAGCAAAGAUUUUCUUCGCCUAAAUAAUUACUUUAAGAUUAGUUCAAUCGAGCGGGAUGAAAACUGCACAAGACUUUAUAAAAGGAGCUAAUUACAGAUACCAAUAUUAAGGUUUUGACUAUAAAUAAAUAAAAAUUAUAAGCUUUAAAAAAGUAAAGUAAAAGCAACAAAAAGGAUUCCUAACCUAACUGGUAACUUCUUAACCCUAACCUAACUUAACCUUACCCUAACCCCGGCUAACUCUAACUCGAGCUUUCCUUCCAUGAUUGCCACGAAAACCCUCCUCUUAAUGGUCAAGGGACUUGCAGGAAGUCAAAAUGGUGGGAGAGCGAAAAAUUGUCGAGUCCUGGCUCCAAGUCCUGGUUCGAGUCCUAGUUCGGUAUAUUGGCAUCCUCAUUGAAAGCUAUUAAAACUUAAGCUUAAAUGCAAUCAUUGACAACCUUUUCUGAAAAGUAGAAAACUAGCGAGACAAAAUUCAGUGAAAGACGACAGAAUCUAGAUUCAGACAUCAAAUGGAAAACAAAACUACAAAUAGUAUAUAGCUGCCGUAAGGCGACUUCUUUUACCGAUCAGCGCUAACAAUAGACGCACAAGUUUAUUCCGAUUUGAGUACUCGAGGGUUACAGUAAUAAGCAAGAUGGUAAACUAUUGACCCCAAAGACUCGACUGACAUUAGGUCCGAUGUACCGUAAUUUGCCGUAUUUGAUGUGUUAAUUGAGUUGUGUUGUGGUUUAAACUGAAAUACAAGGUGAAAAUAAAACUUCAGAAAUACUGUGAGCGCAAAAGAAAUACAGCAAAAAUGAAAUAUAGCAAACGAAUGGACAACGCACUUACAUUGUUUUGGCGCAAAACUUCUGACCGCAAAAGAGAUACUCCUGAUAGGAAACUACUACUUAGUGCUCUUGAAGAAACAAUAGGGCCAUUUAUACGAGGAAAAAUAAGACGCGAGCUGUACCAUUUAUACGAGCAUGUCUUAUCUAAUAAGACGCGUCUUAGCUAAGCCGCGUCUUAUUUUAGACGAAAUGUGCCGUUUAUACGGAAAGUUCCCGUCUUAUGUAAGACGCGUCUUAUUUUUCCUCGUAUAAAUGGCCCUAAUGUUGAAAUAAAAGCUGAACUGAAAAUGCUAGAUGGAGUAAGGUCACCCAUGCACAUUGCGUUGAUUGUAGUGAAUCCUUUAUUAACCCACAAUCAUUUAUUUUUUCUUGCAAGACUGUUCACAAAAAUUUCACCAGUUUGAAAAAACUCAAGAUCUUCCAACCAGAGGAGGGUCUGAUGUCGAACACUUCACUAUCAAUGGAAAUCGGUUUCUCGCCUUCGCAAACAUUUACAGUGAUACCGAAGAACAUAACACCGACUCUUUCAUCUACAAACAGAACGAUUCCACUGGAAAUUUUUUCCUUUAUCAGACUUUAGGCACACAUGGAAGCAUUAACAUGGAAUAUUUUAAAAUUGGUGAUCAACAUUACCUGGCUGUCGCAAAUCAUUAUGAUGGAACUUCGUACAGACUGAAUUCAGUUAUUUACCAGUGGAGUCUGAGUCAGGACAAAUUUGUCGUCUUCCAAAGCAUUGAAACAUUUGGAGCACACAGCUUUGACUUCUUCGAAAUAACAAAUGAGCAGUUUCUUGCCAUUUCAAAUUAUUAUAAUGACUCCUCGCACAGCAUCAACUCAUUCAUUUACAAAUGGAACAGUAAUGAAUUUGAAAAGAUUCAAGAGAUAGCAACCGAGGGGGCUGUUAGUGGUGAGACAUUUGUAAUCAGCAAUGAAACCUUCAUUGCAUUUGCAAACCAUUUUACCACACAAAAGCAGUAUGCAGUUCAGUCAGCUGUCUUUAAGUGGUCAGGGCAGCAAUUUGUCAAAGUGCAGUCUUUCCAGACAUAUGGAGCCCGAGAUGUGAAGUCAUUCAGUGACAACGGUUCUACUUUUCUCGCCUUUGCAAACUACAGACGUGGCAGUUCUCCCAUUUACAAGUGGAAUGGCAGUCAUUUUGUUCUAUUUCAAAGGAUUCCUACUCGUGGAGCAGCCGGGUUACAUCCCUUCAUGAUGUGCAGUCAAAGUUUUCUGGGUGUGGCUAGUGCCUAUGAUAACUACAACGAGUACAAUACUAUGUCAAUGGUAUAUCGAGUUUCUCAGGAACAUUUCAUUGAAUACCAAGAAAUUGCAACCCAGGGAGCUUUUGGUAUGACGUCAUUUCAAUACAAAGGACAUACUUACCUAGCAGUUGCAAAUCGUUUAACUAAUCUUAAGAAAUGGAAUAUCAACAGUACGCUGUAUAAGUGGGCCUAAUAUGGGGCACCUCGCCUACAAAGGCCACUGACAUAGAUAUCUUUGGGCCAACGAUUUCAUGGUUACCUCUAUUAGUGUCAUUUCAGUAAAUUUACAUCGCUAGAAGUUAUUUAAUGUGAACAUAGUAUUCCUUAUAUCGAGGUAUAAUACAGAGUAGAUUACGUGAAAGUAUAGUAUAGUAAACCUUUAUAACUAGGGUAAUCCCUUCAGAAUACUUAAAAGUAUAUUCAAGUGCAUAAAAUUGGUAACGUCUAGAGUCUCCAGAAAAGGAGAUUCGAUUCAGAGGUCACACACGUUUAUAUUCCAUAUAUUCUUCGCUGAUUAAAUCGACCAUACUUCUAAUCAAUCCCUUCGAGUGUGGGCCUCUGUUUAUUUCUUAAUUCUCCAUCAAAUUCAGUACAGUUUGUUUGGUUGAUUUUCUACAACGAUCAGCCCUUUGAACCCGAAAUAAUGAUGCAAAAUAAAGGCUUGAUAUACGUGCUUAAGCUAAUUUUUUCAAACAGCGUCUAUGGCAGAGAAAAAUGGUUUUAAUAUAUUAAAUUCCCCGGGGGGGUACUCGCCUAUAAAAGUGACGGGAGUGCUCGUGGAAAAUUUUCGAGAACACCCCUUAAAGGUACCAGAAUCUUGUUUUAUGGGCGUGCCCCAAAUUCAUUUCCACUCCUAAGAGGUACCAAUUCAACAACAACAAAUUAUAUAACUGGCGCUGCAAAUUUCAAUAGUAAAAAAGAUAACUUUUGAACAGUUUUCUUCUCAAGGAUUUUUUGAAAAUAUUGUCAUAAAUCUUUAUCCUAAUCAGUCAUUUAAGGUUUUAGCACCCUACGCGGUACGAAUUCACAAAUUUAAACCCCUAAAAGCUACGACCAGCACCCCCGUCACUGUUAUAGGGGAGUACCCCACCCGGGGCAAACUCACUUCACCAAAAACUGAGGUGCACAAUGGUGCAGUGGUCAAGGAGUUGCUUGCAUGUGCAGAUGAACUAGGUUCGACUGCCGGCGAGGCUGUUUUCUGUUUCUUUAUUGUAAAAUAUUUUAUUCUGUGAGGGAAUUUUCAGGUGGUUUGUUGAGCCAGAUGUAGGAACGAUAUUUACCCAAAAUAUGCAGGUAUUCGAGAUGGUAUGCAAACAAUGAAAUCCAAGGCCAAGACUAAAACAAAUAGCUAUAUGCCUUUGCCAAAUUAUCAGGACUAACAUACCAGGUUGAAAUUUACCAAAAUUAUGCAUAAUUAUCAACUGAACAUACGAUCCUGCCAUGAUCCUUACUGCGAUUACGGUAGACAAAGUUUAACCCUUGCUAUGCAGAAUUUUAGUACUUGGACUAGUUUUCCACAAAUUAGCAUAGAUAUGGGGUGGGAAAUGGGAAAUAUUUUUGGGAUGUAUAUAUGUUAUUCACCAGCCUUGGUCGAUCCGUAUUGGGAGAAACUGCCCGAGGUCUUGAGUACCACCCUAGGCCGUAGGCCGAGGGAGGUACUCAGACCGAGGGCACAGUUUCUCCCAAUACGGAUCGACCAAGGCCGGUCAAUAACAUUUUUAUUUUUUUCCUACUGACAUUUAAAAGUUUCUGGAAAAUUUUACUUCGGCCUCCUACCUAUGUAUGUUGAAGUAGAACGCGUUCGUGUUGAUGAAGCGCGCGAUCGAUUGCAAACCAAAACAAAACACACAACGUGAUUUUUAGCUUGUAAUUUAUAUUAUCACAAUUCAGCUCUGAGCUCUUUCAGAAUAAAGAAAGGUUUUUGUGUCUUGGUAGACAAAUCAUAACCUGAGUGUCAAACAAAGACAAAAGAAUUGACGAACUUGAUGUUAAAAGCCACAGCAAAAAAAAAAAACAGCAAAGAUUUUCUUCGCCUAAAUAAUUACUUUAAGAUUAGUUCAAUCGAGCGGGAUGAAAACUGCACAAGACUUUAUAAAAGGAGCUAAUUACAGAUACCAAUAUUAAGGUUUUGACUAUAAAUAAAUAAAAAUUAUAAGCUUUAAAAAAGUAAAGUAAAAGCAACAAAAAGGAUUCCUAACCUAACUGGUAACUUCUUAACCCUAACCUAACUUAACCUUACCCUAACCCCGGCUAACUCUAACUCGAGCUUUCCUUCCAUGAUUGCCACGAAAACCCUCCUCUUAAUGGUCAAGGGACUUGCAGGAAGUCAAAAUGGUGGGAGAGCGAAAAAUUGUCGAGUCCUGGCUCCAAGUCCUGGUUCGAGUCCUAGUUCGGUAUAUUGGCAUCCUCAUUGAAAGCUAUUAAAACUUAAGCUUAAAUGCAAUCAUUGACAACCUUUUCUGAAAAGUAGAAAACUAGCGAGACAAAAUUCAGUGAAAGACGACAGAAUCUAGAUUCAGACAUCAAAUGGAAAACAAAACUACAAAUAGUAUAUAGCUGCCGUAAGGCGACUUCUUUUACCGAUCAGCGCUAACAAUAGACGCACAAGUUUAUUCCGAUUUGAGUACUCGAGGGUUACAGUAAUAAGCAAGAUGGUAAACUAUUGACCCCAAAGACUCGACUGACAUUAGGUCCGAUGUACCGUAAUUUGCCGUAUUUGAUGUGUUAAUUGAGUUGUGUUGUGGUUUAAACUGAAAUACAAGGUGAAAAUAAAACUUCAGAAAUACUGUGAGCGCAAAAGAAAUACAGCAAAAAUGAAAUAUAGCAAACGAAUGGACAACGCACUUACAUUGUUUUGGCGCAAAACUUCUGACCGCAAAAGAGAUACUCCUGAUAGGAAACUACUACUUAGUGCUCUUGAAGAAACAAUAGGGCCAUUUAUACGAGGAAAAAUAAGACGCGAGCUGUACCAUUUAUACGAGCAUGUCUUAUCUAAUAAGACGCGUCUUAGCUAAGCCGCGUCUUAUUUUAGACGAAAUGUGCCGUUUAUACGGAAAGUUCCCGUCUUAUGUAAGACGCGUCUUAUUUUUCCUCGUAUAAAUGGCCCUAAUGUUGAAAUAAAAGCUGAACUGAAAAUGCUAGAUGGAGUAAGGUCACCCAUGCACAUUGCGUUGAUUGUAGUGAAUCCUUUAUUAACCCACAAUCAUUUAUUUUUUCUUGCAAGACUGUUCACAAAAAUUUCACCAGUUUGAAAAAACUCAAGAUCUUCCAACCAGAGGAGGGUCUGAUGUCGAACACUUCACUAUCAAUGGAAAUCGGUUUCUCGCCUUCGCAAACAUUUACAGUGAUACCGAAGAACAUAACACCGACUCUUUCAUCUACAAACAGAACGAUUCCACUGGAAAUUUUUUCCUUUAUCAGACUUUAGGCACACAUGGAAGCAUUAACAUGGAAUAUUUUAAAAUUGGUGAUCAACAUUACCUGGCUGUCGCAAAUCAUUAUGAUGGAACUUCGUACAGACUGAAUUCAGUUAUUUACCAGUGGAGUCUGAGUCAGGACAAAUUUGUCGUCUUCCAAAGCAUUGAAACAUUUGGAGCACACAGCUUUGACUUCUUCGAAAUAACAAAUGAGCAGUUUCUUGCCAUUUCAAAUUAUUAUAAUGACUCCUCGCACAGCAUCAACUCAUUCAUUUACAAAUGGAACAGUAAUGAAUUUGAAAAGAUUCAAGAGAUAGCAACCGAGGGGGCUGUUAGUGGUGAGACAUUUGUAAUCAGCAAUGAAACCUUCAUUGCAUUUGCAAACCAUUUUACCACACAAAAGCAGUAUGCAGUUCAGUCAGCUGUCUUUAAGUGGUCAGGGCAGCAAUUUGUCAAAGUGCAGUCUUUCCAGACAUAUGGAGCCCGAGAUGUGAAGUCAUUCAGUGACAACGGUUCUACUUUUCUCGCCUUUGCAAACUACAGACGUGGCAGUUCUCCCAUUUACAAGUGGAAUGGCAGUCAUUUUGUUCUAUUUCAAAGGAUUCCUACUCGUGGAGCAGCCGGGUUACAUCCCUUCAUGAUGUGCAGUCAAAGUUUUCUGGGUGUGGCUAGUGCCUAUGAUAACUACAACGAGUACAAUACUAUGUCAAUGGUAUAUCGAGUUUCUCAGGAACAUUUCAUUGAAUACCAAGAAAUUGCAACCCAGGGAGCUUUUGGUAUGACGUCAUUUCAAUACAAAGGACAUACUUACCUAGCAGUUGCAAAUCGUUUAACUAAUCUUAAGAAAUGGAAUAUCAACAGUACGCUGUAUAAGUGGGCCUAA